GCCCGCAAAGGCACUGCCGUGCUUUGCCACCCUUGCAGUGCCACCGCAGCGAGGUCCCUGGCAGCACGCUUGCAGCCGCGUCUGCUCCUGCCAUGGCCGAUGCCGCCCGAGCUUUCCCCUAGCGCCAGCUAGCCUUUGAACCCCCCUGUGCAUCCACGGCCUGCUUCCAGUCCUGCUACUGCCCCUGCCAUACGCUGCAGCCCCUGCCGCGCCUGAGCGCUAGCCGUCAUCGCCGCCUGUUGUGCCCAACCCCGAUCAAGCCACCUGGCGCGCCCUGAGACCACCAGCUCGUCGUGCUCAUCCACAACUGUGUCAUCUUCCCCAUCAAACCACUCUAACCAGGUCCUCGCCUUCCCUGUUUUGCAAUAAUGGUCGCCGCCGCCGUGCUUAUCCCCUUGCACCGUCGAACCGACCUUGGCCGCCUGUUUAAACCCCUAGCAUGAGCAAACCGCCGGUCAAUUCCGGCAACCCAGAGCCCUUUUUAGCCCACCAUAGCUUCGGAUAGCUCCUCCAUCGCCCCUAGAACCCGUUCCCUGCGUCCAAUUGCGCCAUGGCAACCGCACGCCGAUGCCGUGCUCGUCGGAGCUCCCGAUCCGCCAUAGAUGAAAGGGCGCUCGCCCCCGAGCUCCCCAGCGGCCCGUGUGCCCUCCAGGGGAUGGGGUCUUCACCCGUGGACGCACUGGUGUGCUCAUCUUCGGGAGCGAAUCCUCCUAGCGCCGGCGAGCGUCGUCUGAGCUCGCCCCUGAACCUGUUCCCUGCGCGCGAGAGGAGGAAGGGGAAACCCGACAGGCGGGCCCCGCCUGUCUGCGAGGCAAGCCCCGCCUGUCUGCGAGGCAAGCCCGGCCCCGAUGGCGCAGCCGCGCUAGUGCGUUUUCCUCCAAAGGUGGCCCGUACUAGUAGGAAUUUGGAGAAAAGAAAUUUCCUUCGAGAUGUUGGGGGUGCACACCACCUCCUCAACUCCUAAGGCAAGUAUCUUGAACCCUGAUUUGCAUUAAGUGUGUGAUGUUUGUUGUGGUGCAUUAUAUGCGUGAUUUUGGUUAUGUUGAUGGAAGCCCCACAUGAAAAUCACAUCAUUGCACGAGUGCAUGAGAUAGAUAUAUUAUUAUAUGGUACCUAUGGUAAGUGGGUACUAGCUCAUAACUCAUAUGCCAUGCAAGUCUAGACAACCUUAGAGGGAGGUUUGUCGUGGAUAUUGUGUGACCAUGGACUGACAUCUCAUGGGAUGAGAGUGGUCAGUGAGGGCAUACCGAGAUGUGAUGGUGGUAACACUGAGGUUUAUCAAUCAGAAAAUUUGUGAGACACCAAUCUUGCAGGAAAUAUUAAACCUCCUAAGUGGACCAUAGAUCGAGUCUUGUUAGUGUGUCACCUUACCUUUCGUGUUGCCACAUGUCUCCUCGAAAGGGGAUACGGUCUAGUAGGGCGUAAACCUAUUACUAGGUACACACCAAGUAGAGAGGCCGGGAUGAAGGUAUCCAUGGCCCUGGACUAAAUCCAGUCAUCCG